UCCGGUUGAAGUGCGAGAUUUCGGCAUUCCGAUUCAACAUGUCUGCCAUCAAAUCACUGAAUCCCAAAGCAGAAGUUGCAAGAGCCGCCCAGGCCUUAGCAGUGAACAUUAGCGCUGCUAAAGGUCUCCAAGAUGUGCUUAAAACGAAUCUCGGUCCAAAAGGCACACUCAAAAUGUUGGUAUCUGGGUCUGGUGAUAUCAAACUAACCAAGGAUGGAAAUGUUCUUCUCCAUGAAAUGCAAAUUCAGCAUCCAACAGCCUCCUUGAUCGCUAGAGUGGCUACCGCACAGGAUGACAUCACUGGCGAUGGAACGACAUCCAACGUACUGAUCAUUGGAGAACUAUUGAAACAGGCAGAUCUCUAUGUCUCUGAGGGACUUCACCCUAGAAUAAUUGCAGAGGGGUUUGAAAUGGCAAGAAACAGGGCUCUGCAGGUCCUGGAUGAAGUAAAGAUCAAACGUGAAGUAGAUCGUGAUACACUGAUCCAGGUGGCACGGACUUCACUUCGCACAAAGGUGUACAACGACCUUGCCGAUCUUCUCACCGAGCAUGUGGUGGACGCUGUUUUGGCCAUCCAGAAACCCAAACAAGCCAUCGACUUACACAUGGUAGAGAUUAUGGAGAUGCAACACAAGACGGACAUGGACACGACUUUGGUACGGGGUAUUGUGAUGGACCAUGGUGCCCGUCAUCCAGACAUGAAGAAGCGUUCAGAGGACUGCUUUAUUCUCACAUGUAAUGUCUCGCUGGAGUAUGAAAAAACUGAAGUUAACUCAGCAUUCUACUACAAGACCGCUGCAGAGCGUGAGAAAUUGGUACAAGCUGAGAGGGAGUUUAUAGAUCAGAGGGUCAGAAAGAUUAUUGCUCUGAAAAAAAAGGUCUGCGCAGCAAAUGACUCUGGAUUCAUCGUAAUCAACCAGAAGGGUAUUGAUCCCAUGUCUCUUGACAUGUUGGCUAAAGAAGGAAUCGUGGGACUAAGGAGAGCUAAGAGGAGGAACAUGGAACGACUUUCCCUGGCCUGCGGCGGUGCUGCUAUGAACUCUGUGGAAGAACUGACACCAGAUUGUCUGGGACAUGCUGGUCUGGUGUAUGAACAGGUCUUGGGAGAAGACAAAUACACCUUUGUGGAACAGUGCAAGAACCCAGCCUCUGUGACCUUGGUCCUGAAAGGGCCCAACAAACACACACUGACCCAGAUCAAGGACGCGAUCAGAGAUGGGCUCCGGGCAGUCAAAAAUGCCAUUGAAGAUGCAUGCGUCAUCCCAGGAGCAGGAGCCUUUGAAAUUGCAGCUUAUCAGGAACUGAUGAAGUACAAAAAUGAAGUGAAGGGACGACCACGUUUAGGUGUGCAAGCCUUUGCUGAUGCCCUACUGAUUAUUGUGAAGGUGUUGGCUAGUAACUCUGGCCUUGACCCACAAGAGUCCAUUGUUAAGCUUCAGGAGGAAUACACUGACCCGAGCCAUGCUGUAGGACUGGACAUCAAGACAGGUGAAGCCUUGAUACCUGCAGAUGCUGGUAUUGUAGACAACUAUAGAGUAAAGAAACAACUCCUCCACUCUUGCUCUGUAAUUGCGACCAACCUUCUACUGGUAGACGAGAUCAUGAGGGCUGGCAUGACAUCACUCAAGGGAUCUUAGCCCUAGUCUCAUCCUGCUGUCCUGUGUGCUCACCUGUGUUUGUCUCGUAUUUUUCUUAAUUUAUAUGACCAAAUAAGGAUUUACAUAUUCAUUGAAAGGAUGUCUUCAAUGGAUCUUAGCUGAAACAACAAAAUAAAGAUGUCUUUAUAUAAUACCAUGUCAAUUUUAUUGUGCCAACAUCAAGAAUUGAAAUGGAAAAGCCAUGAACUUUCAGAAAUGUCUAAAAGAAUUUCUAUAUUAGUGCUGAACUUCGAACAAAAAAUUAAUUAAAUGUCCUAUGUUUUGGGCAUUAAACAAUAUAUAAGGAGCUUUAUAUAAUCUUUAUACUGUCAUAUGUGUUUGUAUU